GCGAGAGAUGGAGGUGGAAUGCAGCCAAGGGAGAGGACAGGAAAAAGUUGUGAAAUAGCCAGAGGGACGGGGAGGGAGAACAUUCAGCUUCUGAGGAGGAAUGAGAGCAGUGGCAUUUUCGUCCUGUACGCCUGUCUCUGCAUUUCUGCCCGUCUUGUCUCCCAUCUCACUGCAAUGUGGCUGUCUCUGCAGUGAGAGUGCCGGCUGGUAGAUUCUCCUUGGAUGAACUCCGACAGUGCACAGAGAACAUUUGCUGUCCACACAGACUCAGCUGUGCAAGCAGCCUCCCUGCCUCUUAAGUGCGCACUGGCUGUAAGAGAAGUCUGUUCCACAGAGGAGUAGGCUCUCUACACCCAGGACUACUGUAGGGCGCAACACUGGAACGCGGAUCCAGACACAGAGACAACUUCCAGAUUUAAUCUAGUAUACCAAAGAGACCCAGGUGUGCUAAGGGAUAUUCUGCUAGUUAUCCUGAUCCAGGGCUGGAACCUGCAGCGCUAUUUGUUUUGGAGCAGAUCUGGCUGCCAUGGAGGUCCAGUGGGUUGGGGUUAAACCCUUGAGGCUGGGCCCUCCAUUCACGGCCGUCGGUCUGUUCUUCCUUAUGCUGCUUGGUGUUUGGUGUGCUCAGGCCCUAGAGAUGUUUGUGGGGAAGGUUCCUUUCCUGGAGGCACUGAAUGGCAGCACAGUUGUACUGCCAUGCUCAUACUCCAGCUGUAUCGGCAUCGAGAACCUUUACUUCAACUGGCAGUUCAAUGACAAUGGCACCAUGAAGAAGGUGUGUGAGUCAACGAUAAAAUCAGAGGGUGUGGAGCCAAAUGUAAAAAUAUUUCGAGAAAGGGUUGAGUUUGUUGGAAAGAACAACAAUGUCUCCAUCCUACUGUGGAACAUCACCUUUGACGAUGGAGGCCAGUACACUUGUUUUGGACGCAACCCAAAAGAGAAAGAUAGAAACCACAGUGCCAUCUUCAGUCUCAUUGUGGUGGACAAGUUGAGGGAGGUGGACAACACACUGACCAUCAUCAUAGCCUCAGCUGUGGGUGGAGCCAUUGCAUUGUUGAUGGGCUUCAUGUUGCUCAAGAACUUCAGUCUCUAUGUUCUUUCCAAGCUUGAGAAGAAAAAGUGCGUCUUCAUGGCUACUUAGAUAUUUAGCAGCAUUUCACACUGUUUUUUAUCAGAGCACAUUGUUGGAAAGAUCAUAUACUAUACAUCC